UAUACUUUACUAUCUUAGAAAUGUAUGUUGUCAAAUGUGAUGAUGGAAAUGUAAUGUUUUAACUGAAAAAAAGAUUUCCACUUCCGCUUUUAAAGUUUUCCACGUUGUUAUGGACGCGUUGUUUAGGGGAAGUGGGCAAAUAUUGUUAUCUCUGGUUCGCAGAUCGAUUAAUUUUUAAAUGCUAUAAGUAUAAGCUACUCCUUUACAACUAUUAUUUUAAAACCGUGUUUAAAAGAAAAAAAAUGACAUCUUCUGGUAGGCCAACUUUUAAUUAUAAAUUUCUUUUUCAAUGUUAUUGUAAAAUAUUAAUUAAUUAAUUAUAAAUUUAUAAAUUGAAAUGAUUAAAAUUUAAAUUAAAUAAAAAAUGCCUGGCUGUACACUGUACAGUAUGAGUAUGUACAAUAAAUGAAUAAACUAAACAAUAAACUCAAUUUGACCAGUCAUUAAACUUUAUCUUCUCCUUUAUUUUUAUUACCUAAUGUUAUCAGUCAGUGAGUCCAUCAGGCUUUUCGAAUCCAGUGUAGGUAGAGAUUGGAACGUGACAAUGACACUUAAUUUACUUACUUUAUAUUUUAUAAUUUUCAAUUUAUAAACAGUUUUACUUUUACAAGCAUAGUUAUUUAUUUCAUAUUAAAGUAUUCUCAUUAUUAUUUAUUACUGAUAUUAAUAUUACAGUGUAUAUAUAUAGUAUAGCAAGUGUAAGUGAAGGUUUAAUUUUUUUUAAUUAAUGUUGAAAAAAUCAAUAUACCUUACUUUUUUACUUUUCGGGAAUAUAUAUUAUAUUAAUAAUUACAUUAUAACUAAUACAAAAUAUUACAAAUACUUUAAAAUACUACUAUUAGUAGUAGGAAGUUUGUAAGUUACAAAAUAAUAUGGUUUAUUAUCAUGUAUGUAAUGUAUAGAGCAUAGUCCAUAACAAAAAUUAUUAGAUUAGGCUCAGUAAUUAAUUUUGUGAAAAUAACAUUAAGUAGCUAAAUGAAUUGACAAUUGAAAUAGCUGUAACUGUAACCUGACCUGUAAUGAUGAUUGUUUGCAUCAUGGUCUUGAUGAUUAAUCUCAAAUAUUUUAUCUUCUUAAUAUUUCUGAACUUUAUACCAUAGUACAAUAACAACCACUUUGGAGUAUAAACUUUGGGGGUAUUAUUUUAUUAUUUAAGUCUUCAUUAUACUUUUCUAAAAAGAUAUUUAUCAAUAUUUUAUUUAUAUUAUAGCUAACAAUCCUGCCCUACAACAGAAGAAAGAACCUGCAGUGCUUAACCAUGCAAGUCUUGUGACACUUGCUAGAGGUAUAGGUAAAGAAGAUCUUAAAGGACUUGAGUUUAUUAUGUAUUUAAAUAUCCCAGCAAAAUUCAUUAUAAACUGUGCAGCUGAAAUUACAGAAACACCACUAACAGCAGAAGGCUCUGAAUACAACAAAAUGGCAGUUACACAGAGUUGUUUAAUGUACUGGAAAGAGCUGACAAAAGACACCAAAACAAAAGAAAGGCUGAAAAGCCUGGAGAGAGCUUUGAGAGAGAUUGGAAAGGGUGACAUUGCAGAUCAAGUUUUGGAGAACCAUCAAGCCAAUCAAGAGUUAUCAUCAGAAAUUUUUGCAUGAAUGGCUUUAUUGAUGUGGUAUUUUUCAUUAAUUUGAAAAAAAAAUGUUUAUGCACAGCGUUUGCUGAAUUGUAAGGUUAAUUGCUGUAUGAAUCAGUUUGAAUCCAUUACCGGUAUAAUGUUUUUCUUAUUUAAUGUUAAAACUGCUUUAUUAUGUACCCAGUAUUGAAAAAUGUUUUAGUUAUACAAAUUAGAAAUACUGGAAAGUAACUUUUGGCAAUUGUGGUUGUUAUUUUUAGUGAAAUGGUUGAAUUUUUUAUAUUUGUUAAUGUACAUUACAAUUAUGAUGUUCAAUAACUCCACAGUAUUUGUGUAAGAAAUGUUAUUUUUUUCAUUAUUGUUUUCUUUUACUAUUUUUUUUUUUCAAUGAAUUUAACCAAAACUUUUUGAAAAUCAGUACAAAUAUAAUAAUUUUUCUUGGAUUAAACUGGUAUACAGAUGAGCAGAAUAAAACAAAAUACUUAAUGGUGAUGCAGUAAAAUUUAAAAGUGUCAAAGAGGUCUGUUCAGCCAAAAAAUUGUACAUAAAUAAAGUUAAAUAUGAAUGUUUAUUGUCUUGUAUACUGCUAUGUGAUUAAAAGUCUUGUAUAACAGUAAAUUAUUGUCUACACAUUUUUUCACAAACAUAAAUUAUCAUGCUUAUUGUUUUAGAUAUAAAUAAAGAGUCAAUCGGACUUAUUUAUCACCUUGCGCAAAAGAUAUUUUGAAGCCAAGGAUGAUUGAAUUCAUUUCUUUAAAUUUUAUAACUCUCUAAACAAGUCUGUUUUUUUUAAAGAUUUUUUUUUUAUAUCUAAGGCAGUGCUUUCCAAACUGUGUGUCACAUGCAGUGUGUCAUGAAAAAAUUAAACUACACCAACAUGUUAAACUUUAAAAUUGAAAUCCACUGGACAUUAAUUAAGAAAAGAAAUUGAAAAAGUGGGGCAAAUUUAACUUAUUUUAAAAAGGAGAAAAACAAGACCUCUUUAAUCAAGAUUAUUUGCAAAUAUUUUUGAGCUGGGGGGGGGGUGUCACAAAAAUACACAGUUCCUGUUCACAGAGAUUCAUUGGCUCUGUCUAGUUGGGUGCUUGUCAUAUAUAUAUAUAUAUAUAUGGACUAUUGCAAUGCUCUUAUGGUGG